AGAUCUGGCUCACAGCACGGAGAUUACGGCUGACAAGUAAACAUAGACGUGCACCAUGGCUGCUCAACAAUCCCAGGGUAUCUCGACCCUGCUAGAGGCGGAGAAGGAGGCGGCAAAGAUCGUACAAAAGGCUCGGACAUAUCGGACACAGAAGCUCAAGGACGCGCGAACGGAAGCAGCCAAGGAAAUUGAAGACAUCAAGGCAAAGAAAGAACAGGAGUUCAAGGCAUUCCAGAAGGAGUACGAGGGCUCGGCAACCAGCGUCCAGACCGCAGUGGACAAAGAGACAGAGGCAAAGCUGUUAGAAAUCGACCAAGCUUUCAAGAAAAACCAGGAUGCCGUCGUCAAGAAUCUGCUGCAAAAGGUCAUGGACGUAAAGCCCGAGCUGCACCGGAAUGCUCAGCGAGCUUGAGUCGAUUGCCUCUCUCUAGGGUGGACACAGCGCCAGCAGCAAUAGCGAUGGAUCCGCCAAAGUCGACAGCAAGGGCUGCUGCUGGCUUUGCCCUGCUGCUGGGUUGGAUGUCUCUCUGUGUCCAGCCUCUCUCCUUUAUGGCACGUAUUUUCCAUGGGCAUUUCCUUUGAAGUUAUGAUUGGUCAUCUGUCUGGCAAAG